AUGCACAAGCACCACCACUGCUGCAAGUGCCCCGAGUGCUACGAGGUGACGCGGAUGGCGGCCCUGCGGCGCAUGGAGCCCCCCUCCUACGGCGAGUGGCAGCACGAGCAGUACGGCUACGGCGGCUACGGCUCGCAGACCCUGCCCGCGCCCGGGGGGGCCGCGCCCGCUGCCCGCGGCAAGGCCAAGCUGGGGCCCCCCGCCCGCGACCCCGCCGCGUUGAAGCCGCCGCCGCCGGGGAAGAGCGCGCCCAAGGUGAACGGGAGCGGCCCGGGCUGGUGGCCCGAGUGCACGUGUUCGAGCCGCGACUGGUACGAGCAGGCCAACCCUGCUCCCAUUAUCGUGAACACAGACUCGCUGGAACAAGGGCUCUCUGUGAACGGCAGUGAUGGGAUGUUCAAAUAUGAGGAGAUCGUCUUGGAAAGGGGUAACUCCGGCCUUGGCUUCAGUAUAGCAGGAGGAAUCGACAACCCCCACAUUCCAGAUGACCCGGGUAUCUUCAUCACCAAAAUCAUCCCUGGGGGAGCAGCAGCCAUGGAUGGCCGUCUGGGGGUGAAUGACUGCGUGCUGCGGGUGAACGACGUGGACGUCUCCGAGGUGGUGCACAGCAAAGCUGUGGAGGCCCUGAAGGAAGCGGGCCCCGUGGUGCGGCUUGUGGUGCGCCGCCGGCAGCCCCCGCCAGAGACCAUCAUGGAGGUCAACCUGAUGAAGGGCCCCAAAGGCCUGGGGUUCAGCAUCGCAGGGGGCAUCGGGAACCAGCACAUCCCCGGGGACAACAGCAUCUACAUCACCAAGAUCAUCGAGGGAGGUGCUGCCCAGAAGGACGGACGCCUGCAGAUCGGGGACCGGCUGCUCGCGGUGAAUAACACAAACCUGCAGGACGUGCGGCACGAGGAGGCAGUGGCAGCCCUGAAGAACACCUCUGACAUGGUGUACCUGAAAGUGGCCAAGCCCGGCAACAUCCACCUCAACGACAUGUACGCGCCCCCCGACUACGCCAGCACCUUCUCAGCCUUGGCUGACAACCACAUAAGCCAUAACUCCAGUCUGGGCUACCUGGGCAGUGUUGAGAGCAAGCCUGCCUACUCCGUCGCUCCCCAGGUGACUCCAUCGCGGUACUCGCCCAUCCCUCGGCACAUGCUUGGGGACGAGGACUUCACCAGGGAGCCCCGGAAAAUCAUCCUGCACAAAGGCUCCACCGGCCUGGGCUUCAACAUCGUUGGAGGGGAAGAUGGCGAGGGGAUCUUCGUGUCCUUCAUCCUGGCUGGAGGCCCUGCUGACCUCAGCGGUGAGCUGCGGAGGGGAGACCGCAUCCUCUCGGUGAACGGCGUGAACCUCCGCAACGCCACCCACGAGCAGGCGGCGGCGGCGCUGAAGCGGGCGGGGCAGACGGUGACCAUCGUCGCGCAGUACCGGCCCGAAGAGUACAGCCGCUUCGAGUCAAAGAUCCACGACCUGAGAGAGCAGAUGAUGAACAGCAGCAUGAGCUCCGGCUCCGGCUCCCUCCGGACAAGCGAGAAGAGAUCUCUCUAUGUCCGAGCCCUGUUUGACUAUGACCGGACCCGGGACAGUUGCUUGCCCAGCCAGGGGCUCAGCUUCUCCUAUGGGGACAUCCUACAUGUUAUCAACGCCUCCGACGAUGAGUGGUGGCAAGCCAGGCUUGUCACACCCCACGGCGAGAGUGAGCAGAUCGGGGUCAUACCCAGCAAGAAAAGGGUGGAAAAGAAGGAGAGAGCGCGGUUGAAAACAGUGAAGUUCCACGCCAGGACUGGCAUGAUUGAGUCCAACAGGGACUUCCCUGGGUUAAGUGACGAUUAUUAUGGAGCAAAGAACCUGAAAGGACAAGAGGACACCAUCCUGUCGUAUGAGCCGGUGACGCGGCAAGAAAUUCACUAUGCGAGGCCAGUGAUCAUCCUGGGGCCAACGAAGGACCGAAUUAAUGACGACCUCAUCUCCGAAUUCCCACACAAGUUUGGUUCCUGCGUGCCCCACACUACCAGGCCUCGGCGUGAGAACGAGGUGGACGGACAAGACUACCACUUCGUCGUAUCCCGUGAACAGAUGGAGAAAGACAUCCAGGACAACAAGUUCAUAGAAGCUGGGCAGUUCAAUGACAAUCUCUAUGGGACCAGCAUUCAGUCAGUGCGGGCAGUGGCAGAGAGGGGGAAACACUGCAUACUGGAUGUGUCUGGCAAUGCUAUCAAGAGGUUGCAACAAGCACAACUUUAUCCCAUUGCCAUUUUCAUCAAACCAAAAUCCAUUGAAGCUCUCAUGGAGAUGAACCGGAGACAGACAUACGAACAGGCCAACAAGGUCUUUGACAAAGCCAUGAAACUCGAGCAAGAGUUUGGAGAGUAUUUUACAGCCAUCGUACAAGGAGACUCUCUUGAAGAGAUUUACAGCAAAAUCAAACAGAUCAUUGAGGACCAGUCCGGGCACUACAUCUGGGUCCCGUCCCCAGAGAAACUCUGAAGAUGUCCCCCACCUGCUUCCCUGUGAGCAGAAGAUCUCCGAAGUCCCACCCCACCCAAGCCCUCUGCCCCAAGGGGGAGGGAUAUGAAAACUAUUCCUGCCCCCUUUUUUAGAUCGUCGCAAAAUUGAGUUUUCUAGUCCUGUUUCUUUUGUUGGGAUGAACUCAUCUCAUUCAUCACGUGACUGUUCCCACCAUUCCUGCAUGGACCUUCCCACUGCUCCAUUAGAGACAGAUGAGAACCCAUUCAAGGUCGUUUUUUAUUAUUAUUAUUAUUA